AUGGGCCCAGAGACACAGCCCGGCCAGGGCCGCUCCUCUGGGCCCAGCUUCAAAGGAUUUGAUUUCCUCGCCAAGAUAUUUCAGAGCCCUAAUAAUCUCCACAAAGACUAUCUUCAUUUCUCAGAGGUGAAAAUAGUCGGACUGGGUGAUGCUGAUCAACUUGCCAUUCUUCAAGGAUGUCCAGGGAUCCCAGGUGUCUCUGGCCCAAAAGGAGAACCAGGUCUCCCAGGAACAAAAGGAGAAAUGGGAGAGCAGGGAUUCCCUGGGAAAGCAGGACCACCCGGUGCAAAAGGAGCAGCUGGAGAGCCUGGCUUCCCAGGACUGAAAGAACCCAGGACCUGCCAAGAACUGUUGGCCAAAGGGAAGGUUUUGAGUGGCUGGUACACAAUCUACCCCCAAGACUGCAAUGCCACCACCGUCUUCUGCGACAUGGACACAGAUGGUGGGGGAUGGAUUGUUUUUCAGAGGCGCUGGGAUGGAUCAGUGGACUUCUUACGGGAUUGGGAUUCAUACAAGCGAGGUUUUGGCAACCAGCUGACAGAGUUCUGGAUGGGGAAUGACAACAUCCACUUCCUCACAUCUCUGGGACCCUGUGAACUCCGCAUUGACCUGAGAGACUUUGAGAACAACUACUAUUUUGCCAAGUAUGCUUCAUUCAGAGUUUUAGGAGAGUCAGAGAAAUACAGACUGGUUCUAGGAGACUUCCUUGGUGGAAAUGCUGGAGACUCUUUAUCGUACCACAGGGACAUGCCAUUUUCAACAACAGAUCAGGACAACGACAUGAGCUCCUUUAACUGUGCCACAGAAUACAAGGGAGCAUGGUGGUACAAUGAUUGCCAUUACUCCAACCUGAAUGGCAUGUACUGGAGGGGUGUGCAUGGGAGCUAUGCUGAUGGAAUCAACUGGAAGACAGGCAAAGAAUACCACUACUCCUAUAAGCAAACGGAAAUGAAAUUCAGGCCAGUUUAA